AUGGCUGCUGCAACUGCAAACACCUCCAAGAACUCCAUCCUCUGCCAUGCGUGUACGGAGGAUGUAAAGGACGAAUAUGUUUCCUGCCAGGGUUUCUGCAAUGCGGUGUUCCAUUUGCAUUGCAGUAGUGCCAAACCAGAGCUGUUGAAGGAAAUUGCGUCGCACCGCCAAAUCUUUUGGCUCUGCCGAUCUUGCUCCAGCCUUAUGGUGGACCUGCGGCAUCGACGUUCAGUUCAAAGCGCGUAUGAAGCAGGCCAGGAAUUAUCUCUCAGCCACCAUAAUCGCAUCGUCGAGCAGCUCAAAUCGGAACUCCUAUCCGAGUUGAAAACCGAGUUAAGUGCGAACUUUGCGAAGCUCAUUGCGUCGAACUCGUUGACUCCUAAGUCAGCAAGUCACGGUGCUGGUGGGUUUCGCGGUUCCGGAAGCCGCCGACUUUUCAACAAUCCUGCACCGCCUCUAAGGCCGCAUCCCAUGCCGCCGCAACAUAACACCGGUAAACCCAAGGAAACUGCCGAUGUUGUGGAAGGAGUAGUCGCUGAAGGGUAUGGGACAGCCACUGAAGAGGAAGUUCCUCGUUUCUGGCUUUACCUCUCCCGUGUUUCGCGGAAUGUCACUGAAGCGCAAAUCGCGAAGCUUGCCGUCGAUCGCCUAGGAGUCGUAGACGUCAAAGUCAAGAGGCUGGUCGCCAAAGGCAAAGACGUCAGCAGAAUGAGAUUUAUCUCGUUCAAAGUUGGUGUGCAUGUCAACCUGAAGCACAAAGCCCUCGCUUCUGCGACGUGGCCUGACGGUCUCGUGUUCCGCGAAUUUGAAGAACGCAACGCAGAAAUUUUUUGGGAGCCUUCAAGUGCUGUCGUGAACACUCAGGAAAAUCCACCACUCCCCCCGUCCCAACCCUUAACGACGCCGACGACGCCGAGUUUGCCGCCAGAGUCUGCACCGCAAUCGACUCCAAAGAUACCGGAGCAUGUUUUGGAGUUGACUGGAGGUCUGGGCGGUUCACCCAUGGAUCAUCAGACAGAAUAA